GUCUAUCAGGUAGGGACUACAGUCCAUUCUUAUCAGGUAUCGCCAUCUCGCGCUUGACGACCUGAUCCAAUCGUCCUCGGACCGUUCGAUCGAUGACCCUGGAAAAAUCAAGGCCGUUCCGCGACCGAUGCUCAAAGCCUCAAAGCCCCAAACCUGAUUGCUCUUGUCUAAAAUCUACCCCACCCGCCUUCUCUGACUUCCUGACGAGCAGCGUCCUCUUCUCCUCCCAGUCCCAGCUUCCCCUCUGAACACGAAAAAAAGAAGACUCCUUUUGGUCAAUAAAUCGAAAUAACCUCGGAAAACCAGGGAAUUUAACCGUGCCCACACCCAUCUGUUCCCUUCCAGCAUCCACAACCUCUUCAACCGCUUGCCUGCUCUUGUGAGGUAGCUAGGCAAAGAUCAAGAGGCAGUAGAGGUGUGGAGGCCUUGGACAGUUGGAUUCUUGGAGGGAAAAGAAGGAAGAACUUGCAUACCAGUGGAAUUCUUCAGGCUGGUCAUGGAGAUGCAGCUUUGGAGGAGAUGGGUCGGCGUGGAGCUCAGUUGCAGGCGCUAGUUCUUAGCGCGCGCAAACCACAUGCUGUUCUGAAGUCUCCAAGCGCGCGCUGCUGUCUGGAACAAGAGCCGGGAGCAGAUAUGGUCCCGGACGGCGGCGAGGGGCAUGAGAUCGUCGAGGUCGCCGGCGAGCCCGGCGCGCCGUCGUCGACAAUGCGGCUGAUGGACUUCAUACCCAUCUACAUCCCGACGGUGGAGACGGGCGCGCUGAGCCGGAGCGUGCGCAAGCGGCGGUUCUUGGACUUCCUCCGCGCCCACCCGUCCAGGGACUGGUUCCUCCGGUCAACCUUCGUCGGCCGCCUCCGCCACCGGGGCCAGGGCCAGGCGGCGUCGGGGGAUGACGAGGAGGUGGACUCCGGCGGCGGUCGCCGGCGGCCGCGGAGGCGGUUCCGCGUGCCGUUCGUGAGGAAGAUCAAGUGGGGGAAGCUGUGGAGCUACGCGGUGAGCUGGUGCAGGAAGCCCGAGAACUUCGCCAUGAUCAUCUGGCUGGCGUUCGUCGCCGCCGGGCUGCUGAUGCUGUUCAUGCUCAUGACCGGCAUGCUCGACUCCGCCAUCCCCGACGACGAGCAGCGGAAGAAGUGGACGGAGGUGAUCAACCAGAUCCUCAACGCGCUCUUCACCAUCAUGUGCCUGUACCAGCACCCCAAGAUCUUCCACCACCUCGUGCUGCUCCUCCGGUGGCGCCCCGGCGCCGGCGCCGACCGCGAGGAGAUCCGCAAGGUGUACUGCAAGGACGGCGCGCCGCGGCCGCACGACCGCGCGCACAUGCUCGUCGUGGUGGUGCUGCUUCACGCCACCUGCUUGGCGCAGUACUUCUGCUGCGCUCUCUUCUGGAGCUACGCGCGCAAGGAACGGCCGGACUGGGCUCUCAACAUCGGCUACGGCCUUGGCACCGGCUGCCCCGUCAUCGCCGGCCUCUACGCGGCGUACGGCCCGCUGGGACGGAAGCAGCACGAGGAUUCCGACGAGGAGUCAGCGGCGGCGCAGGCCGGCGGCGGAAACCGGCCGGCGGAGAACGACCGUGAGGUGGAGAUCAAGAUAUACAACCGGCGCGUGGUGGUGAGCAGCCCGGAGUGGAGCGGCGGGCUGUUCGACUGCUGCGACGACGGGACGGUGUGCGCGCUGUCGGCGACGUGCACGUUCUGCGUGUUCGGGUGGAACAUGGAGCGGCUCGGGUUCGGAAACAUGUACGUGCACGCCUUCACCUUCAUCCUGCUCUGCGUCGCGCCGUUCCUCAUCUUCAGCGUGACGGCGCUCAACGUCCACGACGACGACAUCCGCGACACCGUCGUCUCCGUGGGCGUGCUCCUGGGCCUCUGCGGCUUCCUCUACGGCGGCUUCUGGCGGACGCAGAUGCGGAAGCGGUACAAGCUCCCGGCCUCCGGCUGCGGGUGCGGGUGCGAGUGCGGCGCCGGCGGACAGGGGCACGCGUGCCGCGCGGCGGUGAGCGACUGCGCCAAGUGGCUCUUCUGCUGGAGCUGCGCGCUGGCGCAGGAGGUGCGGACGGCCAACUUCUACGACGUGGAGGACGACCGGUUCGUGUUCCACGGCGCCCGCAACGAGGACGGGCGCGCCGUGCUGGUGCCGCUUCCGCGGGAGGCCUCCACCGCCACGGCGCACUCGCGGAGCAUGUCGUGCCCGCCCAAGAUCGACGCCGUGGCGGCGCUGAGCGGCGCGAGCCCGCUGGGCGUGCAGAUGGCAGCCAUCAACAUGGAGAGGUCGGCCACGUACAGCGGCGAGCACCACCCCGCCGCCAUGCGUCCGCCUGUGCCCCCGCUGAUGCAAAUGGACCAGGAAUAGUGGCAGCGGCAGCAGCACGCGCGCCCUAGCUACACCGUGGCCAUGUAUACGGUAGUAUUAAUUCUAUGAUACGUACGGUAGUAUUAAUUCUAUGAUACGUAUAAGGUCGUCGUCUACACGUACUGCAGGUUGUAUUAGACUAUUAGCUGGUUUUUAUACAUACGGAUUCGUUUGUUUGAUAGUAAAAGAGGACGGGUAAUUUCGCUUGAAAUUGAAUUAGACACGGGGUGAUCGAGGUUAGCAAUGACA